CAAUACAGUAGCCCUCACUGCUCCACGGGGGCGUGGGAAGUCUGCGACUCUUGGAUUGGCCAUCGCUGCGGCUGUGGUUUAUGGCUAUAGCAACAUAUUUAUAACCUCGCCUACUCCUGAAAAUUUAAGUACUCUCUUCGAGUUUCUUUUCAAAGGCUUGGACUCCCUACGUUAUGAAGAGCAUUCAGACUACGGCAUUGUUCAAAGCACCAAUCCUGCUUUCCAUAAGGCCAUUGUAAGAGUUGACAUUUACCGGCAGCACCGCCAGACGGUCCAGUAUAUUUUACCCAAAGACUCCUACAUACUCAGCCAGGCUGAGCUUGUUAUUAUUGAUGAAGCUGCCGCUAUUCCUCUUCCUUAUGUGAAGGAGCUUUUGGGCCCCUAUUUAGUCUUUAUGGCUAGCACCGUGAAUGGUUACGAAGGCACCGGCCGCGCCCUGUCUCUUAAACUAAUCGAACAGCUAAAGCAACAGUGCCAUGUGCAUUCAGCUGGGCAAAUGCUCAGCGCUACAGACGCGAAUGAGAUAAGGCAGAUUUCUGCUGGUGGCGGGCGGAUUUUCAGGGAGAUUGUUUUAAAGGAACCCAUUCGAUACGGCGAAGACGAUCAGGUCGAGAACUGGCUAAAUAAGCUACUUUGUUUGGAUGCACAAGUCUCUCUGACGCCUUCGGGCGGAUGCCCGCAUCCCUCAAAAUGUGAUCUUUACUAUAUAAACCGGGAUACUCUCAUGUCGUAUCACAACGCCAGCGAAGCUUUCCUGCAAAGAAUGAUGGGACUCUAUGUCUCCUCCCACUAUAAAAAUUCGCCCAAUGACUUGCAGCUCCUAUCGGAUGCGCCCGCCCAUCAUCUUUUCUGCCUCCUUGGACCCGUGGAUCCCGCCUUGAAUUCUCUUCCCGAGCUUUUGUGUGUCCUUCAAAUCUGCCUUGAGGGCCAGCUUUCAAAGACGACUGUUCUUGAAUCACUAUCGCGGGGACAUAACGCAGCCGGCGAUAUGAUUCCGUGGACUUUGUCACAGCAAUUCCAGGACGCCGACUUCCCUUCCCUGUCAGGCGCUCGGAUCGUGCGGAUUGCCACGCACCCUGCCUAUCAGGAUAUGGGCUACGGGACUCGUGCUAUAGAGUUGCUGAAAGCUUAUUAUCGCGGAGACAUCAUUUGUUCUGAGGAGACCGUUGUAGACAGUCACACUCCACAGGAAGUGACUUUUGACGUUCCCCUUGUCAAGGAGAAAAUAGUAGCUCGUAAGAACUUACCGCCGCUGCUUUCAAAGCUCACAGAAAGAAAAGCGGAAACCCUGCACUACCUUGGCGUGUCUUUUGGUCUAACCGAGCGUCUCUACAAGUUUUGGAAGAGAAGCAACUUCUUUCCGGUUUACAUCCGCUUAACUCCGAAUGUUAUAACUGGCGAGCACACUUGCAUAAUGCUCUGUCCCUUGGAAAUCUCCUCUGAGACUCCCAGUGACUCUGACCUCGCCGUGUCUGCCGCGAAGGGAUGGCUGCAGAAUUACUUGAGCGACUUUCAAAAAAGAUUCACUUCACUUCUAAGUUAUCAGUUCAGGCGGUUCUCGCCUUCUCUGGCCUUAUCCGUUUUGGAUAGUAAAUCGCUCGUCCCCGAGUCGUCUGCCUCGUUGAAAGAUAAGCUGGAUACUCCUGAAGCCAUUGAGGCGUGCUUUAGCCCUUUUGACUUGAAGAGAUUCGACUCCUACGCCAGAGGGAUAAUUGACUAUCAUGUUAUCCUGGACUUGGUGCCUCUACUUGCAUCCUUGUACUUCACGGAUCGGCUUCCCGUGCGCCUCUCCGCCGUGCAAUCUGCCAUCCUUAUUGCCAUAGGUCUUCAGAGAAAAACUGUGGAAGAGACAAAAGAAGAUCUCAACUUGCCUGUUGCUCAGAUUCUUGCUCUUUUUAAUAGAAUUAUACGGAAAAUAAUAGGAAAAUUCGAUGAAACUAUGAAGAAUGGAAUAAAAUCCGAGAUGAGUGAAGAGCAGAUGAAUGCUCUCACUUCAAAGAAAUCAGCUGAGAAAAUGCUCAAGGAAAAGUCGUUUAUUUAAG